CGGCGGUGGCGGCGGCGGCGGCGGCUAGAGCAGCGGCGCCCGUCAAAAUCUAUUAAAUGUUGAAGAAGAGCUGGGUCACGGCAUGAGUGGGAUCAGCAAGAUGGCACAGGCUGUGAGGCAGUGACAUGGUGGCAGCCUGGUGUUGCCCUCCCUACCCCAGCAGGCUCGUGUUUUGUCAGCUUCUGUGGCUUUGUCACUGGUAGACUGAGGUGCCUGCGAAAAUCAGUGUCUCCUGACAGGAGCCGUGUGAGGAAAGGAGCCGAUCGCCUGUGAUCAAAGCCCUGCCCUGCCUCCAUGGCCCACCAUGACUCCAGCAGUCUUCAGAUGAGGGAGAGCUGGACCAACAAGGCCACCUUUCCCUGGCCUCUGACCACCUCUCCUACCUGAGGCCCCGUCCAUGACUACAGCUAGGUCGAGGUAGCUGGUGGUGGCCAGUGCUGCCCUGCUACACCUCUGCACUUGAGGAGGAGCACUGACCUGUUACUGGCAGCUGUGCUACCAUGCAAGUUGCCGGGAGGGAAAGCCAGCCUCACAAGUGACUCAUGCCAGGUAACAAAAACAGACUUCUGGCCAUGGAGUAGCUUGUAGUAGACAACACCUGCUGAGGACUCAAAGAACUGGCCAUAAUUCAGAAGGCAUCAGCUUGGAGGUCCGUCACUCCAGCAGCCAUGACUUAGAAGGGAGCUUGAGGAGGAGAGCAGGGCAGAGGGAGAAUUGACACACGGAAGAGAAGGCCAUGUCAAGAUGGAGGCAAAGACUGGAGUGAUGCAGCCACAAGCCAAGAACACCAGGAGCCUCCAGAAGCUGAAGAGCAAAGGGAGAAAGUAUCGAGGAACAUCUACUCCUGACUCAGCAGAAUCUCCAUCUUUGCAGAAGUCACAUUUCAGAAUGAAGGGUGCUAGGCUGAUGGGCUUGCUGCUCGCCAUGACUGUUGUGCUGCAUGUAGCUCUGUCCCUGAGAAUAGCAGCCUUCAACAUUCAGACUUUUGGGGAGACCAAGAUGUCCAAUGCCACCCUCUCCACCUACAUUGUACAGAUCCUGAAUCGCUACGACAUCGCCCUGGUCCAGGAGGUCAGAGACAGCCACCUGACAGCCGUGGGGAAGCUGCUGGACAGACUCAAUCAGGAUGACCCCAACACCUAUCACUACGUAGUCAGUGAGCCACUGGGACGCAACAGCUACAAGGAGCGCUACCUCUUUGUGUUCAGACCUGACCAGGUGUCCGCGAUGGACAGUUACCAGUAUGAUGAUGGCUGUGAGCCCUGUGGGAAUGACACCUUCAGCCGAGAGCCAGCCAUUGUCAAGUUCUUCUCCCCAUUCACCCAAAUCAAGGAGUUUGCCAUCGUCCCUCUGCAUGCGGCCCCGUCAGAUGCAGUGGCUGAGAUUGACUCUCUCUAUGAUGUCUACCUGGAUGUCCGGAAGAAGUGGGACAUAGAGGACAUCAUGUUGAUGGGUGACUUCAAUGCUGGCUGCAGCUACGUGUCCCCUUCACACUGGUCGUCCAUCCGCCUGCGCACAAGCCCCGCCUUUCAGUGGCUGAUUCCUGACACUGCUGAUACCACGGUUAAAUCCACGCACUGCGCCUAUGACAGGAUCGUGGUUGCCGGAACUCUGCUCCAACACGCCAUUGUUCCCAACUCAGCUGUUCCCUUUGACUUCCAAGCUGCAUAUGGACUGAGUGACCAGACUGUGAAAUGCAAUGUGACUGCUGUCUCGAUUCCUGGUAGGAGCUGCCUGAUGAGGACAGAAGAGCAGCAACAAGCUGGACAUCUGGAUCCUGAUGCCACCAGCCUGGAUGUAACCUGAGACAUCAACUCUGCUUUCUCUACACCACUGAUUCAUCAACAAACACGUUAAAGCUGACUUUCCUGGUCAAGAUGAAUCUCACACUGACAAUCUGACAAUGAAAACCACAAGCAGCAACAAAAUGGCAAGACAUACCCUACCUGCAGCCUUGGUGCCGGGGACAGAGCAUGUGUCCGCAGUCAGAAAACAUGAGUUCUCAGAUACAGGUUCACGCACAGGCUGGCGAGACUUAACUAGUUUCCGCAGCCAUGACACAGGACCUAGAGGUUCCCACCUUAGAGUGCUGUUUGAAAGCCCAGUAAAGUUCUGGGUGAGAAUAAACACUAACAGUAGCUACUGCUACCAUCAGGAAUGUGACAUGAGAAUUGCAGCCAUGUCAGCCCACAGGGAUUCCAAGAGCGGCUACUACAAAAGUGGGUCCGAUGCCUGACCCUUGCUUCCUUCAUGCCGUCAGUGAUCUUCCGGGACCAAGGUCAGAGGUAAUCCUGGCUCUGUGGCUGCCCUGUGCCUUCUCUGCCCCAGAGACAGUAUGUCUAGACUUCUCGCAACUGUGCCCACCUGGGGUUAGGUGGCAGAGACUGGCCAAGAGAAGUAACAUCUCCCAGCACAGGCAAUAAUUUUCCUCAAUGGGUCAGUCCUCAAGCCCUUUUUAUAAAAACGUGAAGCAAAAGCACACAUGACCUGCAUGCAUUCUCCAAGCACACGGGCAGCUCCUCUGGCAUGGCCUCACUGCAGUUCCUUGCUUUGCUCUUGGCUGCUCUGAGCCUCCAGGGCCCUCUGGUGGCCAAGGUGAGCCAGUGAAGCCCUCGUCUCGGCAGGCACCCACACCCCUCAAUCCCCUGGUG